CGGAAGCCUCCCUCUUAUUCUUGCCAGCUUCUCACUGCUUGCUCACAGCAGCAGGGAAAACGGAAGUACUAUAAAAAUCUUUUAAUUUUUUGGAUAAUUUGUCAACGUGGGUUUGUUUUACCAUGGGAGGUGGAGACUUAAACUUGAAAAAGAGCUGGCAUCCACAAACUCUGAAGAAUAUUGAGCGUGUGUGGAAGGCUGAGCAACAACAUGAAGCGGAGCGCAAGAAAAUUGAAGAGCUGCAGAAGGAGCUGCGAGAGGAGAGAGCUCGGGAAGAGAUAACUAGAUAUGCACAGGAGACGGGUGCUCUUCGAAAGAAAGAUGACCGCUUGGACUGGAUGUACCAGGGGCCAGGGGGUCAAGCAUCCAGAGAGGAGUAUUUGCUGGGGCGACCAAUUGACAAGCAAAUUACCCAACAGUACGAGGAACAAGAGAGUGGUCCAUGUACCCAGACUGGACUUUUGCCAGGCUCCAUCUUCAACCCCACUCUCCCUGCCUCCACCCUUGACUUAGCUGCCAAGAUCAGGGAGGACCCACUCUUCGUCAUUCGGAAACGAGAGGAGGAGAAAAAAAGAAAUCUUCUUACCAACCCAGUUAAAAUGAAGAUGAUCAAAAAGAUGUUACGCCAGAAUUUAGAGAAGAAGGAGAAGAAGAAGAGAAAGAAGGAUAAGAAAGAAAAGAGGAAAGAAAAGUACAAGAAACGCAGCACAAAUGAUGAAUACUCUGGCUCUGAGGAAAAGUCGAAGCACAAGCAGCAUAAGUCUCUGCACAGAGACAUGGAAAAUCCUGGCAGCUCCUCCACUCACAAAUCUGGAUAUGGACUGCAGUUUCCAGCCAAGAGUCACCAUCAUACAGACCGUCACCAAGGAAAGUCUUUUAGUGGCAAGUCAAGCCAGUCCCCUGUUUCUCCAAAAGCACAACAGAAAAAUCAAACUACAUGUUCCAGCGUUUCUGCACAAGCGCAUAGGAACGGUGCUCAGGAGAAGGAGCGUGCUUACAAACGCUAUGACACAAUCCGACCCAAGAUGAUGUCAUCAGAGGAGAAGAGGAGGAAGCGAGAAGAGAUGCUGGAUUUUGCACGGCAACGUGACAAGGAGAGAAUUAGCAAUGUACAGAAAUACCUGCGUCAAGAUGAAGAGGAAAAGGAACGCGAUGGGAUAAAAGAUCGCCAUGUUGGCUUCAUACAUGACAUGAAGCUGGAAAGUGCUGCCUCUUCUCUGGAGGACCGGGUAAAGAGGAACAUUCACUCUCUCCAACGGACCCCAGCUGCCCUCGAGAAGAAUUUUAUGAGGAGAUAGUUCAGGCAUGUUAAGACCUGCUUUAGUAUAUAAACAGUGUAAUUAUUCAUAUAUAAAGGACCCAAACAGUUACCUGAUGAACACCCUCAUCAAUAUCACCUUUCGCUUUUUUUCCUCUUAUCCUCGAUAGGAUUGCUGUAUAUUAUCAGUCACUUAAUUCCAUUUAAGUUUGUAAUUGUGGAUGGCAUCCCCACCCUCGAUAAUACAAAUGCAGUCUGUGCUAAAGGGGGAUAUUCAAGCGUAAUACCACUGCAGGUGAAUACCUAUUGGUUACCAUUUUUACAUUAACAGGAGGUAGAGAGAAACCUUUUCUACUUCUGUGGGUUUAGGUUUUUUUCUAUUACAUGAAAUAGCAGAUGGAUAUUUUACAAAUCCUGUCAUAUCUUUACUAAGAAUGUUAGAUUGACCUAUCAUGUUUUUCAAUUAAAUACUUUGCCAAAAUCUGUAUUUUCCGAUAUGAACAAAUUAAACGGGCCAUUUCAGCA